AUGUUGCAGCGUUUGGGGAUAGUGAUGGCGACCCCGGGAUUGAUUCCGGCCUGCUUAGCCAAGGGGGACAGCAGCACGGCGCAAAGGCACUUGGGAGCCGCCUUGAUCAGCCCGCCAACUUUCGAGCAACACGCCGGCGGCACAGCUGCUCUGGCGUUCCGAGCAGCGCUCAAGCACGGGCUCAGGCUAGCCGCUGCAGCCCUAAUUGGUGUCUUCCCGCAGGCACUGCCGCCUCCGCCUCCUCGACGUCCCGCUGCUUCAACAUUGAUCAUCAUGUUAGCGUUAGAAAGGAACAGAAUGGAGAGUAUGGCAGCAGCAGCAACCCAAUUCGCUCUACCGGCGGCCAUGAUUAACGUGUAUGUAAGUAAACAGUUAAUCUGA